AUGUGCUCCCCACAAGAGGUCUUGAAGCCAUCGGAACCGUGCUGUGAACCAACGUGUGAUGACGAUUGUCUGCAUGCUAUCUGUCGCAGAGCACCGGAUUCCAUCCCAGUGCCAACGUGCGUUUGCCGGCAAGGAUAUGUUCGGCAUGGUGGUUCUUGCAUACGGAAGGAGUCAUGUCCAUCGCCGUACACCACAGUUACAACAUACGAUUCGUACCGACCGAAGUCACACUAUCCAACUCCGCGUCCAAAGUUGAUGAAAUCAUGUGGCCACAAUGAAAAACUUACCCACUGCCGACCAACGUGUGAACCUACCUGUGAAAAGGACUGUGCCGGUGUGAAGCAACCGGAAAUCUGCAUUCCCGAACCGUCCUGUGUCUGCAAGGAUGGUUUCGUGCGGCACAAGGGUCGCUGCCUUAAACGGAACGAGUGUCCUAAGCGCAACCCGUUUCUACUGUCACACCCACUGUCCGGCGAGUACAUCGACUUCGAUUUCGUUUCCAUGGAGGCACUGAAAUCGGAUGAAGAUUUCGAUUAUAAACCACAGGCCGAAUUCUACAUAAGGCGACCACAUUUUCCUACCUUUGAGCACAAGAAAUCCUCGCUGGCACCGUUAUACUUUCGAACGUUGACCAGUGCAGCAAACUCCGCUUCCGCAGGCUCCUGUGAGCAUACCACCGAAAAGCCAGCCCUCUAUCCACCACUGUGCGCGUGCCACAACAGUGCAAAGAAACUGAUGACUCCUCCAGCACAUUUACCACGGCUGGAUGAGAAUGUGUCGUACGAAAGUACGGAAGAAGAUUCGGACAUUGUUCCGUACGCACCGCCAUCAUCCGUUGGAUCGUGCCGGAAGACUUCUUCGAUGGGUUUGUUCCCGCCGAGUACACCCGCAUCCGUUGGACCGUACUUUGUGCCUCGCAAAACGCUCCCAGCCCCACCAGUAGUACAUCGUAGUGAUUUAAACGAACCAUUGGAUCAUUUUUGUGGUUCCGCGCAGCAGAACUCUGAUGCCCAGGAUGAUGUACGGAAGGGACCAACAAUUUGGCCACCGGUUAGCAGCUACAGCCGUUGCCCAACGUGCAGGCGAUCAUAA